GGGGCACGAAUCCAGCGGCGACCUUGUCCAGCAGCACUUGGCAUGCCGGAGUGACCGAGUGCUGUUCUAAUUGGCUGCCUCCAGUUAGAUGCGCUCACCGCCCACAUCCUGAAACCAGGUACAGGACCGUUCACAGAGAGGGAGAAAACACUGUCCGACUGAGGAGGGGGUGGGAAGGUCCCGUUCAGUCCGACACAGCAAGAUUGCUAUCAAGGAGCACCGUUUUCACCAGAAAAGUAGAGAGGCGCUGACAUAUUUGUCCAAACAGGACACUGUGUGUGCGUCAGGAUGAGGGAAGUGACCGUCUAUCGCUCCGUUUACACCGAGGACCGCUUCGAGCAACACUUCGGCAGGUCCCCUGGCGAAGACCGAGCUUCGGCGGGAAGCUGGAAGCAGCUGGUGGGGAGGAGCUGCGCGUGCUCGGGGAACGCGUGGAGACGCUCGGUGAGGGCGCGCGUGCCUUGCCUCUCGUGGCUGCCCAGGUACAAGUUCAAGCGCUGGCUGACUGGGGACAUCAUCGCCGGCCUGACAGUGGGCAUCAUCCACAUCCCGCAAGGGAUGGCUUUUGCUCUGCUGACGUCUGUGGCCCCAAUUUAUGGACUCUACACCUCGUUCUUCCCUGUUAUGCUGUACAUCUUUUUUGGAACUGGACGACAUGUGUCCACAGGUACUUUUGCUGGGAUUAGCUUGAUGACUGGCUCUAUUGUCGAACGCUUGGUACCACACCGAUGGAACGUCACAAGCCUGGAAGAUCCAGAGUUGGAGAAGCAAAGGAUAUCUGUCGCUUCAGCAGUGGCCUUUCUCUCGGGACUUAUGAUGAUCUGUAUGUUUGUCCUGCAGCUCGGAUUCCUUUCCACCUACUUGUCUGACCCAAUCGUGAAGGCAUUUACCAGUGGCACUGCAUUCCACGUCACCAUCUCCCAGCUCAACACCAUGCUUGGACUACAGCUUCCGCGCUUUGCUGGACCUUUCACCAUCUUUAAGACACUGGCAUCAGUACUUGGAGCGCUCUCUGCGACCAAUAUUGUCGAGCUGAUUAUUUCCCUGAUAUGCCUCUGUGUGCUCAUUCCGACAAAAGAGCUCAGCAGCCGUUUCAGGGAGAGAUUCCGUGCUCCCAUUCCCAUCGAGGUGAUCAUGAUUAUAGUGGCUACUGCAGUCACCUUUGCUACAUCGCUCGAUGAGUGCUGCAACGUCCAAGUCGUGGGUCAUAUCCCUGCAGGAUUCCCAAAGCCCCAGUUGCCAGCACUGGGGAGCAUCCCAAGUAUAAUCGGAGAUACCAUUGCAAUUACCUUUGUCGGCUACGCUGUGUCUGUAUCACUGGCUAUGCUCUAUGCAGACAAGCACAGAUACAAGAUUGACCCCAAUCAGGAACUCUUGGCUCACGGAAUUUCGAAUACCAUUUCCUCCCUAUUCACCUGUUUUCCAAGUUCAGCUUCAUUGGCUACGAGCAGUAUCCUAGAGAGUACGGGGAGCUCUACGCAGCUUGCUGGAUUUUUCACCUGUCUUGUUGUCUUGGUGGUGCUACUUUUGAUUGGGCCACUGUUUUACUCUCUACCCAAGGCAGUUCUGGCCUGUAUUAAUGUCACCAGCCUGCGCCAGAUGUUCCUCCAGUUCCAGGAUCUACCAGAACUGUGGAGAGUGAGCAAAAUGGACUUUACAGUCUGGGUGGUCACAUGGCUGGCUGUAAUCACACUGAAUGCGGACCUCGGCCUAGCUGUGGGCGUGACGUUUUCCAUGAUGACCGUGAUUUGCCGCACUCAAAGAGUUAGCUGUUCUGUACUGGGCCGAGCCUCAAACUCAGAGAUUUACCGACCAGUGGACAGCACUAUGUGCCAGGAAAUUCCCGGCCUGAAGAUCUUGUCUUACAACGCUCCCAUUUACUAUGGAAAUAAGAACUAUUUCCGGGAUACCAUGGCCAAAAUAAUCGGACUGACCCCAGAUAAGAUCAAAAAGAGGGAAAAGAGAAAGAAAGCACUGGAAAGAGUCGGAAAGAUGACCAUUACCACCAUCGAUAAUGGACUCAUACAACCUCACUACCCGGCUGACAUGACCUCGUCCUCUUCAGAUAAGCAAGAUAAAAGGAUUCAGUCUGUUGUGAUCGACUGCAGUAGCAUCAUCUUCAUUGACACAGCUGGAGCAAGAUUAUUUGUCCAGAUGUGUGCAGAGUGUCAGAAAGCCGACAUGUGGGUCUACCUAGCAGAAUGCAACAAAGAUGUUUUGAAAAUAUUGACGUGUAGUGGCCUUCUUAACCACCUUCAUCCAGAGCAGAUCUUUGUAACGAUACAUGAUGCUGUCGUCAAUGUGGAGCGAAUGAAGGAAGCAGCCUCACAGAAAAGCACGACAAUUUGGGUAUGAAAGAAUCGGUGGACUUUCUGCUCAAUGAUUGCUGUACCACUUACAAAGGACAAUCAUAAGGGUCUGCCUGACCACAAUUGCCUUUCAAGGAGACUCGAAAUGAAGUGACUAGGCUCUAUCCAACCUGAAAUGCAGAAUGAGACUUCUUUACUAAUCUAAAAUGUGUAGCGUUUCACUGACAAAACACAACUACAGGUUAAGCUGCAUGGAAUGGCUUCUUCCAGAGAGACACGUCAAAAAGCAGAAAGUCAGCUUUAACUGAUAUUGUUAUUUGCCACUAUGGGAUUUUAGUGUAGUUGGUGUGUGAAUGAAUCUGGUCAGAAAGAGAUAAACUACAAAAGAAUGAUUGGGAAUAAAGGGAUAUCUUCUUUAUGGGAGUGCUGGGCAAUGCGAUAUAGGGUUUGGAAGACAGAGGUGAGGAAGGUAGGGGUAAAGGACAGUGCUGCCUGCAUCUACAUGGGCAGGGCGAUUGAGAACCUUAUUAAGCUGGGCAGCAUGAUGCCCCCCCCAGUGUUGGUAACUAACGUGGUGGGACUUACUGUUAUGCCCCUGACCCCCCCCCGCCCCCCGUCAAACAAGUUUGCCAGACAGUUUUUCUCACGGAGGCAGGAUCCCUUGCAUUUCACAAUUUGAAAAAUGGCUGUUUCACAGACCAGCAGCGAUGAUUCGCUCUAUAUUCGCAGGGUGGGCCCCCAUACUGAAGGAAAUUUAGUCCCUUUGAUUGUUUCGCAAAUCUUUAACUCUAUUUUUCUUUUAUCAUGUUUUUUUAUGGGAUGUGGGCAUCACUGGCAAGACUGGCAUUUAUGACCCAUCCCUAAUUGCCCUUGAACUGGUUGGCGCUCUCGGACAUUUCAGGGGGUGGUGAAGUGUCAGCCACAUUGGCUGUGGGCCUGGAGUCACAUGUAGGCCUAGACCAGGUAAGGAUGGCAGAUUUCCUUCCCUCAAGGGCAUUAGUG